AACUUUUUUAAGAAAACCCAGUUUUCUUCCCUGUAUUUUUCUCUUUACUGGUUGCUUCUGGUAGAGAUGAUUUUGGCCUUGUAUUCUCUGGUUUUUCUCUUUUCCUAUUUUGUUACUCUUGUUGCUGCUUUAAAUGAUGAAGGUCUUGCUCUUCUCUCCUUCAGACAAUCCAUCAAUGCAGAGACCUAUUUGACUAACUGGAACUCAACAGAUUUGAGUCCUUGUUCAUGGCAUGGAGUUACAUGUAAUGCUCAAGAAAAAGUUAUUUCUCUUACCAUUCCAAAUAAUAAACUCUCCGGUGUUCUUCCUCCUGUUAUCGGAAAGCUCCUUGCGCUUCGACACGUAAAUCUCAGAGACAACAAGUUCACUGGGAGCGUGCCCGUUGAGCUCUUUGAUGCUAGAGGACUUCAAAGCUUGGUUCUUUCAGGUAAUUCCUUCUCAGGGCCUGUUCCUCCAGAAAUUGGGAACCUUGUGUCCUUGCAAACCUUGGAUUUGUCUGAGAAUUUGUUUAACGGUUCAAUACCUUCUUCGGUACUCCAAUGCAAGAGACUAAGGAAGCUUACGCUUGGCAAAAACAGCUUCAGUGGAUCAAUCCCACAUGGGUUAGGGACUAAUCUGAAUCAUAUUCAGAGACUAAACCUUUCCUUCAACAGCUUCAGUGGUUCAAUCCCUGAUGAUAUGGGAAACUUCCCAAGCUUGAUUGGUACCCUUGAUUUAUCUCACAAUUUCUUCAAUGGUUCAAUCCCAGAAAGCCUUGGAAAGCUGCCUGAAAAAGUAUAUAUUGAUCUUAGUUAUAACAAUCUGAGUGGUUCAAUCCCAGAGCGUGAUGUUCUAAUCAAUGCAGGACCAACAGCUUUUGUUGGCAACUCUCUGCUCUGCGGAUUACCAUUGACCGUUUCGUGUCCUCCAGGAACUAUGGAUCCGAACAAGCAGUCUGUAAUUGACUCAUCUGAGAAUUCGAAUAGUGGUCAUGUUAAUGGCAGGAAAAGCAGACACUUGACUUCUGUGAUUAUAGCAGUUGCAGGUGCCAUGGCUGGAAUUGGCCUCAUUGCUUUCCUCAUCUCUUACUGGUACAAGAAAGCUUCUUCUCGGUUUAAAGAGGGUGAAAAUCCUAGUGGCUGCCGUUUGGAAGAGAAAUUAAUGAUCAGAAGAGACCUUUUCUGCUUCAUGCAAAAGGACUCAGAAACUUUAUCUGAAAAUAUGGAGCAGUCCAGUUUUGUACCAUUGGAUUCAGAGGUUAAUUUCAAUCUUGAUCAGCUUCUGAAAAGUAUCAUAGCCAUAAGGAAAGGUGGAACUAUGUCGUUUAAGCCACUUUCAUGGCCUGUUCGUCUACGAAUCAUCAAGGGAAUAGCAAGGGGCAUGGCUUUCCUGCAUGAAUUCAGUCCGAAGAGAUAUGUCCAUGCAGAUCUAAAGCCUUCCAAUAUUCUCCUGGGAGAAAACAUGGAGCCUCAAAUAUCAGAUUUUGGACUCAGCCGGCUUGCUAACAUAUCGGAAGAAGUUCAUUCAGAACGAAUGUUAAGUUAUGGGACACCACCUUCGAACUCACCAUACGAGUUUUCAGCAUCAAAUUCACCCAUAAGACUCUGGACAUAUUAUCAAGCUCCAGAAGCCUCAAAAGUGACAAAGCCAUCACAGAAAUGGGAUGUGUACUCAUUUGGUGUAAUAUUACUAGAGAUGAUUUCUGGGAAGUUUCCUGUGAUUCAGAUCGGUCCUAUGGAAAUGGAUCUGGUUCAAUGGGUUCAACUCGGAGUUGUUGAGGAUCGGAAACCCCUGUCAUCCAUCAUUGACCCUUACUUGGUUCAUGAUUUGGACAUGGAAGGUGAUAUAGCGUUUGUGCUGAAAAUUGGUUUGAUGUGUGUGAGUAAGAGUCCUGAGAAGAGACCUUCUAUGAGGUUUGUGAAUGACAGUCUACAUAAAUUGACAUCAUCCAAUGAAUGAGAGAUUGUAUUUAGGUGAAAAGUCAAACCAGUUCUUGAUUGUAAAAUAGCUGAUACAAGAUUUCAUUUCUUUUCUCUGAGAAUAAUUGCUGGGCAUUUUUUUAUAUGUUAAUUUUUUUAAAUAAUCAAAUUGAAUUCUUACUUAUGAAGAGAGUUAUGAUACUGAAUCCC